CCAAAAACUAUGGAGUACAUUCUUUUAACCUCCAAAACUAAUGAAUAAUAUAUAGUAUAUUACAAAUAACAAAAAUUAUUACAAUAAUCCUAGUAUUUAUAUACUUUUUAUAUAAAUUAUCGUGAUAAAUAAGUGUUUCAAUAAUUAGUCAGUGAAUAGUGAACAACAAUGGCGUUGAUUUUAAACAAUAUAUCAAAAGCAUUUCAAUUAAAUUGCAACACAUUGCAAAGAUCAAUUCAUGUGACUGCUGCUGUUGAAAAAUGUCGAUCAGGUCGUUACAGACCAACAUUAAAACGAACCAGAGCACUCACAUACGAGAUGUCACAAAAACCCUUUCAACUUGUCAUGAGAAAAUCGUGGAACGUUUGGAACACAUCAAACAUCCAGGGCGGUAACAGACCUUCGGAAACAGCCGUCGAGGAUGAAUUCAUCCGGCGAUUCAUGGUCGGAACCUGGCACAACAUUUUCGUGUCCGACCUGAUAAUAAAACGGCAGCACAACAUUAUCAGGAUCGCGGGAAUAAUCGAGCGGCGAACGCUGCCCAGGAAAUUGUAUUUCUUAAUUGGCUACACCCAGGAGUUGCUGAGCUACUGGCUCCAGUGUCCAGUAAAAAUGGAACUCCAGUCAGUUCCUAGUCGCGAGGACGUAAUAUUUAAAUAUAUAUAAUUAUUACGUUUAUUUAUAACUUUUAUUACUAGUAAGUGAAUAUUUUUGAUUUAAUUAUAAAUAAAUAACAAUAAGACAAGACAAAAAAAUUAA